AUGUCAAUGGCUUGUAACCCUCACUUUGAAACGGCCAAUAGUGAUUUAAUAAAUCCUAGGAUGACCUCCCACAGUCCAGCUCCUAUCCUGCAUUGGGUUUCGACGUUAAUACAUAUGCGCAGCACACCGACAUUGGACAGUUCUGUGGCUUACCGCGUCAUCCCAAUCUCUAUGCAUUACGGUAAAUAUCAAGUCGUUUGCGUCGUAGGAAUUGUCAUGCCAAUGCCUGAAGGAGAUUACUCUGCCGCGGCUCCUUACCGCGAUAGAAUUUGCCAGCGUGGUGAAACUUGGUCUCAACCCAUCGAGCUCAAUAGACUGAGCCCGAUGGCCGAGGUCCCCCAAUCACUGACCCCUCCACCCGGUAAUAUUGGGCAGCUCGUAGAGUUGGAUUGCAGGCCUCCUCUGCAAUACGCAUAUUCACAACCAUUAACUCACCCCUUCCCACUACCGCCUGAGUUGCAAAAAAGUUCUGAGGUCUUGCCCUGGGACGAUGUGGCGCCACCAACCUUGGUUGUCAGUGCAAACACGCCAUUGAACCGCAUUUCACAGGAACCACGCAUAGUCGAAUUUAUACAACGCAAGUUUGAAGCCAUGUGUACGGUUGAUUAUCGAAAAGAAUGUGAUUUAGCAAAUGAUUGCGAUGGAUGGUCACGUAGAUUUUGA